AUGGCCUACGAAUCGCCAGCACUUAGAUCGACAGUCCUCUCAAUGGCUGCAAAUCAUCUCGCAUUUGCAUCAAACGAUGCUUCACUUCACCUACAAGGCUACCGUCACCAACGAGACGCAAUCCAAGAGCUUCAAAAGAUGAUUCAGGAUCCAGUGAAGAUGGAUACUGAGCCAGCGCUGGCCACUGUCAUGAUGAUGCAGGUUUCGGCGCGGUUGUUUGGCGAUGAGGAUGAAGGGAACAUCGCGAACCAUCUGACUGGCGCCAAAGCCAUGAUAACAGGGCGCAGUGGAGGUAGCUGGCUUGUCACAUCUAGUGCUCGCUUCCUCCUGAGUCUGUUUGCAUACCACGAUAUUCUAUCUUCCGUGUCAAGAGGCUCGCAGCCAUUAUUGGAUCAUGAAAUGGACUUUGUCGCCAUCGAAGGGGAGAAAGAGCUAGAAAGUAUCGCAAAAGUCCUAGUGGUCGUUGCAAAGAUCAGUCAGCUGCAACACGCUAUCAAGACGAGGAGAGCGCUAUCACCAACAAGCCUUGCUUUGUCGGAAGAUGAAAAUACCACUGGCCAACAUAUCCAGCAGAUUCUAUUAGCCAUGGAAUUUGGUGCAUGUAAGAGGCGGAACAGCGAAGAGCGCAUAGACAUUAGCUCGACAGCUGAAGCUUAUCGCCACGCCGCCUUCAUUUACCUCUACCGAACCUGGCUUGAUAUAGGUGCUCCCAACCCGAUAAGCAUGGAGCAUAUUAAUCAGUGUCUAUCACAGCUACAGCAAGUCGACAUCCAUUCGCCUUUAACAUCAGCGCAUAUGUGGCCGCUGUUCACCGCGGGCUGCGAAGCGAUCGACAGCACACAACGACAAUUCGUCCGUGAUCGAUUUGAAAAGCUGUAUGCUGUAAAGCAUUUCCCCAGCUUGAAACGCGUCAUGCGCGAUAUCGAACAUGUUUGGGCAGCCAAGGAUAUGGAGCAGCAGAUGAAAGGCCAAGAUGGAAUGGCCAAGGUUGACUGCAUCCAAGUCAUCCUAAAAAGGAGGGGGCGGGAGGUCGAUCUUGCGUGA